CCAACAUGGCGCAGAAACAACGUGGGAAAACAACCUCGGCGUCAAAAACGGCGGAUCCCGAAAAAAAUGCAGAAAAUAUCAAUUUAGUGUUGGAGUCCAGCGACGAUGAGACGCCGGAGGAGGUGACCUUUGAAGACUCAAAGGCUGCGGCUCUGCGGAGCAUGAAACAGGCGCUGGACACAGCCAGCAGAGAAAAAGAGCUGCUGAAAGAGAAGAGAAGGAAGAGGCAGGAAUUAUUCCAGGAACAGAAGAAAAGAAAACUCUUACCGGCUGACGUGUUGGAGGAAAUCAAUUCAGCUCCUUCAAAGAAGCAGAAACAGUCUGAGGAUGAAGCUGAAGAGGACGACGAAGAGGACGAGACGAGGACGAAGAAAAAGAAGAGCAGCGGAAAACUGGCACGAGUCCGAAAUCUGAAGGGGAACUACACGGUGCGGACGGUGAAGGAGCGAGCGGCUGCGUCCUUCCAGCAGCAGGCGGCUCAAGAUUUCCUCCAGUCCAGACUGUACGCCGGAGGCCGCAGGACCACGAAUAACGAGCUGCUCUCCCUCCUGAACAAGACGGGGAGGAAUAAAAGUGCCGCGGUGCAGUUUGUCAAGAAAGACUGGGCCGCUGGCCAGAAAGCCAAAGCAGAGAAGCUGAAGAAGAGAUGGAUCCACAAGCAGCAGAUUCCCUCCAGCUGAAAACCCGAAAACCUCCCGAAAACCUCGACCCGGGCCGGGAGACGCUCGCCGCCUGAGCAGACACACGCUCUGCUGCUCUCUGUACACUGAACUCAAACACGCAACAAUCAGGACGGACCGUCAGAAACACGGAGGGGGACGCACUGUGGACCACAGAGACUCACUCACCGUGGACGCCUGAUUACACACCUUUUCUGCUGCUUUAACCCUUUGAAAAAUGACUAAUUGGCCUGAUUUCUCUCCCAAAAAUAAAUGGGGAAAAACGCAGUGAGCUACUAAAGAAGAAAUUACCCAAAAAUGAGAACAUUUCUUAAAAAAAAAACAAGAAAACUAACUAUAAAUAAGCAAAU